AAACGUCACGUUGUAGAUGUACCUAUCUGAGCUCACGCGAGAACUUCGGUUUCAUUGCCAGCGGUGUGCGACAGAGACAGCGAAGAUGGCGUCGCAGGAGACCGAAGCUUCUCCGCAAGCCAACGGCGAGGUGAGCAGCAAUGGAGCUGCUGCAGCCGUGGAUGGCCAGGCCAUACAGACUGCUGUUGGGGACCCUGCACAGCCCCCGCCGGCUCCACCACCCAACGCAUGGUCGGUCAUAAAGGGAGUCCUCUUCAGGAUCUUUGUCAUCUGGGCCAUCAGUAGCUGGUUCCGCAGAGGGUCCUCUACACCAGACCCCAGUACCCCAGCUGGGGCACCGCAUUUACCCAGCCGAAACCUUUUCCCCAAGGAAAGCCUCAUGGACCUGUAUGUGUACAUCUCCCAGGACGAGGUGUUCUCUGACUUCAACGACACACAGUCCCUGUUCUGGUUCCAUAGAGACCUGGUCUACGGAGACUGGAACACUGGAGAAGAUGGGGACGGCUGCUAUGAGCACUCAAUAGAUCUGAACAUCCCAGAGAAGGUGCAAAUGAAUGGUUCCCUCUACAUCCACGUUUAUUUCACAAAGACUGGAUUCCACCCAGACCCCAAACGCAAGGGCCAGUAUCGUCGGCUAGCGACAGUCCAUGCCACGCGGAUGCUGAACAAGUUCAAACGCAGGAAGUUCGUGAAGACUAAGAACCUGCUGACGGGGGAGACCGAGACCGACCCGGAGAUGAUCAAGCGAGCGGAGAGCCACGGCCCAGUGGAGAUCAUCUCCCACUGGCACCCUAACCUCACCAUCAACAUGGUGGAUGACCAUACAGCCUGGGUCAAGGGCUCGGUCCCACCUCCACUGGACCAACAUGUGAAGUUUGACGCGGUGAGCGGCGACUACUAUCCUAUCGUCUACUUCAACGACUACUGGAACCUGCAGAAAGACUACUACCCCAUCAAUGAGAGCCUGCAGUCACUGCCUCUGCGCCUGUCCUACUGCCCGCUGUCCCUGUGGCGCUGGCAGCUCUACGCUGCCCAGAACGCCCGCUCACCGUGGAACUUCCUGCCAGAGGACACCUAUGAGCAGUCUGACGAGGACCAGGACUCUGUCAAGGUGGCCCUGCUGGAAACCAACCCCUACCUCCUGGGCGUGACCAUUGUGGUCUCAAUCGUUCACAGCGUCUUCGAGUUCCUGGCAUUCAAGAAUGACAUCCAGUUCUGGAACAGCAGGCAGUCCAUGGAGGGUCUCUCUGUGCGCUCCAUCAUCUUCGGGGUGUUCCAGUCCCUGGUGGUGCUGCUCUACAUCCUGGACAAUGAGACCAACUUCGUGGUGCAGGUCAGCGUGUUCAUCGGCCUGCUCAUCGACUUCUGGAAGAUCACCAAGGUCAUGGACGUCAAGUUGGACAGAGAGAACAAGUUGUUCGGGAUCCUCCCACGCUUAUCAAUAAAAGACAAGUCCACGUAUGUGCAGUCCUCCACCAAAGUCUUCGACGACAUGGCGUUCAAGUACCUGUCUUGGCUGCUCUACCCUCUGUUCGGGUGCUAUGCCGUCUACAGUGUGCUGUAUCAAGAGCACAAAGGCUGGUACUCAUUUGUACUGGGCAUGCUCUAUGGCUUCUUGUUAACCUUUGGUUUCAUCACGAUGACGCCACAGCUGUUCAUCAACUAUAAGAUGAAGUCCGUGGCCCACCUCCCAUGGAGGAUGCUCACCUACAAGGCACUGAACACCUUCAUCGACGACCUGUUCGCCUUUGUCAUCAAGAUGCCCAUGAUGUACAGGAUAGGAUGUCUCAGAGACGACGUAGUAUUCUUUGUCUACCUGUACCAACGCUGGAUCUACAGGGUGGAUCCCAACCGGAUGAAUGAAUUUGGCACCAGCGGAGCGGAACCCACUGGAGUGGACCCUAACAAGGACAGCACAGCACAGGGGGAGGUCACAGCCACAGGGGAGGUCGCCGCCAUAACAGAAAAAGCAGAGGAGGAGAAGAAGAACGAUUAACAUGACCAACCUAUCCGCCUUUCUCUCCCUCGCUCCUGGGGCGAAGCGGACCUGUGGAAACCAGGCAGAGUGAAAUGUCACUUGCCAGGGAAAAGGAGUCAUUGUAUUCUGUCAUGGACACCGCUACAUAUUUCUGUUUAACUCUUCUUUGUGUGGGGGAUCUGCAGCAAAUCGUAAUUAAUGUAGACUCACUUUUUUUUUCUGCAGUUCAAGUGAAACGUGAUGUACUGUAAUCGUUAUCUUUUUCUAUGGGUAACAGUAAUGUUUUGGAAGCAAGGUUGUGAAUGUGGGACAUCCAGUUGAGGGUGGAAGGUCGCAGUACAUAUCUCCGUAUUUUCAGAUCUUUGCACCAUUUAUGGAUUUCUUGUGAUUUUUUUUAUUUUUUAUUUUUCAUUCCGUGUGUGAACGCAGUGUGUCAUGGUGGGGUAACUGGAAAUUGGUGAGUAGUGCUGGAGGAAACUGGAAGGGUCCAGAGCCAAGGGCGACGUGAAGGGAACCAAGAUGGACGACCUGUCCAACACUACCCACGAAAGACAGACUACCCUCCAUUUUUAAUCAAAUGGUCGAUGUUCCCAACUUGAACAAAAAAAAACAGCCUUGUAGGUAUUAAUAUAAAUACAUUAAUAUUAUUGACUUGAUUUCUGUUUUCAGUCAUUUGAAUUUAUUUAGUAUGUUCUGAAACGACAGAAUCUCAGCUUGUAAUGUUAAUACGGAUGUCAAAAUGUCUAGCAAUAGCUGAUUUACAAGUCUUUAUGCCUGGACUUCUGAUUUUUGAAUUGUUUUACUACAUUCACAUGCCAAGUAGGACCACCUUGACAUACACAGUCUACAAAACAUUAACAACCCACCCUCAGAACAGCCUCAUAUUGUCGGGGCAUGGACGCUACAAGGUGUCAAAUGCUUAAUACAGGGAUGCUGGCCAAUGUUGACUCCUAUGCUUCCCACCGUUGUCAGGUUGGCUGGAUGUCCUUUGGGUGGUGGACUAUUCUUGAUACACAUGGGAAACUGUUGAGUGUGAGAUGGUUUAAAGCAGUGUUUCUCAAACUAUGUCCUGGGGCUGUACUUUUUUUUUCUAGCACUUCACAUUCAAAUAAUCAACUAAUCAUCAAGUUUAGAUUAUUUUAAUCCGCUGUGUAGCGCUAGGGCAAAAACCCCAAAAAACAUGCACCCUUUAGGGUCCCCAGGACUGAGUUUUAGAAGCGCUGACAUAAAGGCAUCCCGCAGUAAAGUCACACACCUACACAAAUAAUUACUUUUUUCCCCAAUUUAUUUCUCCCAUAGGAGAUGUUUAGAAACACUUAAAAUAAGGGCUGUUCAGUCUUAACAGGCUGUGAUGAGUUAUUAACCAUGUAAAUCUCUCUCGGACAAGGUGAUUUAUCAAUAUAUUCGGCUAUUUAUUCUCAGCUUUUAGAAAUGCUAAUUGGCAUCAAAGUAGACGACAUGCAAGAUGACAAAUCCUUGCAAGCACACAUAUUGGGUAAGUUUGAAAUGUACACAAGACAGCUCUCCGAAUUGUCAAUUUAAGGACAUUUUGCCAUGUUGUUCCUUACUAAAUGUAGUUAACAGAUGGUUAAUCCAGAAAUCCUUACCUUUUCCUCGUUUCGGCAGUCUCACCCAGAGCAUCAUGGGCAUGGUUAUCAAAACAUGACGCCAGUUGAAGACUGCACAAAACACGUCCCUUAUUUUAAGUGUUUCUAGAAUAGGUUUAUGGGUAUUAUUGCUCAUACUGUGGUACUCUUAAGAACAUAUUUUCAUUAAACUAGCACCAUUUAAAGGGGCAAAUUGUAGUUCAAGCAAAUGUCCAGGCAACUUCUGAAGGUACACCCCACUACUGUCUUUGGUGAACAGCUGAGGGAUGGAUGUAACCACUUGAAAUAAACCCGUAAGACAAAUUA